AGCAAGGGAAUCCUCCCCAUGGAAAACAAUGAAUAGGAGACAAACUCAUCAGAGCAGCCCACCUCUCUAAAGCUAUAAAACCCACUCCACUCCGCACCACCCCCUUUUGCAUUAAGACCCCUUCUCUGUCUCCUCUGAUCAAGAUUCUAAUCUAGCCCCAGCAUAUAUUGCUUUCCAUGUUCCCUUUGCUUCUCGUCCGGGGGAAUUGGCUUGUACUUUGAGUAGUCCACAAGCAUUUCAGUUUUAAUGCUAAACUGGGUAGGUGAGGAGGCUAUAAGAAGAGAUGUGAUGUUUGGCUAGAGGCUUUCAGUACCAAAAACAAGAGCAACAAAAGGGCUUUGCUUCGUUGUUGUUGUUUCUCUUCUGGUUGGCUACUUUAGAUAUUUCAUAUCUACAUAGCUGCUGGUCUGCCCUCCCAUCAUCAUCAUCAUGGCUUCAUCUAAUAGACACUGGCCCAGUAUGUUUAAGUCCAAGCCCUGCAACACUCAUCACCAAUGGCAGCAUGACAUCAACCCAUCUCUCAUUUCAAGUGGAUGCCACAGACCCCCUUACACAUCAGUGCCUGGAUGUGAAGAGCGGAGUCCGGAGCCAAAGCCGAGAUGGAAUCCAAAACCGGAGCAAAUACGCAUACUUGAAGCUAUCUUCAACUCGGGCAUGGUGAAUCCUCCGAGGGAUGAGAUAAGGAAGAUCAGAGCUCAAUUACAGGAGUUCGGCCAAGUCGGCGACGCCAACGUCUUUUACUGGUUUCAGAACAGAAAAUCAAGAAGCAAACACAAACAGCGCCACCUCCAAACCUCAAAACAACAGCCACAACAAACCCCUCCAAUCACUUCCAUUGCCUCUAUAACUCCAUCAUCUUCGUCAUCAUCCUCUGAAAAAUCAUCCCCAAAAGAGUCAAACAAAAGCUUGCCAUUGGGUUCUGCAGGCUUCAUCGAUGUUUCGAAUUCUCCUACCGCCCCCCUGAACCAGACCUACUUUCAGAACUCAGGCGAGUUUCUGCAGGAACCUUUGUUCUUCCCGGUGCCACAGACCGCAGGGAGCACCGUGUUCUCCCAUGGACUCUGCUUCUCUGAACUAUCCAAUGUUGUCCAAAUUCCUGAUCAGACGGUGGGAGCUUACUCGGGCCUUCUACUCACUGAAUUGAUGAAUCAGGGAGUUUCUAAGAAAUACGAUGAAGAAGAGAAGAUGAAGUUGCAACAACAACUGAGUUACACCGUAGCCACUCUUCCACCCACCACCAGCGUUCCGCCUCCCACUACGCUAACUCUUCCUUCCACCAUCAACCAAAUUCAAGGUGUUGGAGAAUCGGGUGCACUGGGCCCUACCUCUGCGGCGAAAUCAACGGUCUUCAUUAACGACGUGGCUUUCGAGGUGGCAGUGGGCCCCUUCAACGUGCGUGAGGCUUUCGGGGACGACGCCGUUUUGAUCAACUCCUACGGCCACCCUGUGCUCACCAAUGAGUGGGGUGCCACCCUCCAGUCACUACAGCACGGCGCAUUUUACUACCUGGUGCGCACCUUAAGCCCAUCAUUCUGUGAAAAGCAUGAGAGUACAGAGCUGAUUUGGUAGUAGAUGAGUCUACCAUAUUAGGAGAUAUCACCAUCUUUGAUUUGUAAGAAAUGGAAGUUGUUUCAAGGGUUGAUAAGUGAGAGAGAGCGUGGCCCACAUUCCAGAACCAUGCAAUGUCUAGAGUUUAUUUACUAGUAGUUUAUAUAUUUGUCUGUUCGGUGGAGUGCAGAUAUAGAGGAAGCGUGGAAGCUGAAGAGAUGGGCAAGCUUUGGCGAUCUUGGCCUUUUCUGUUUCUAUCUUUUUCUUCUUCUAUCUUAGGUUAUUAUGUGGCUGUUUUAGUGGGUCCUCCAUUAUAGCUUUGGUAAUUAAUGUGUUUCUCUCCAAAGAGAAGAUUAUAUGUCACCUGGGUUUUUCUCUUUUUAUCCUAUUAAUGGAGUGAAGCAUAAACGAAUGGAUAAUAGCGGAUUCUCAUGC